AUGGCUGGUAAGGAAUGGUUGACGGGUUUUUUAAAACGACACCCGAGCCUCUCUUUGAGAUCUCCUCAAGCAACAAGUCUGGCGCGGGCUUCGAGUUUCAACGAACAUAAUGUGAGCAAAUUUUUUGAUAACCUUGCUGAGAUAAUGGAUAGGUACAAAUUUGAGCCAAAAGAUAUCUGGAAUAUGGAUGAGACAGGGGUGACCACUGUCCAAAAACCUAGCAAGAUUGUAGCUCAAAAAGGAACUAAACAAGUAGGUGCAGUAACCAUAGCAGAACGUGGAAGAUUAAUAACUGUUGCUGUUGCGAUUAAUGCUCAAGGAGGACACAUACCUCCUUUUUUCGUAUUCCCAUUGAAACGAUUCCAAGACCACAUGAUACUUGAGGGUCCUGUUGGUUGUGCCGGAGCUGGCAAUGCUAGUGGAUGGAUGCAGAAUGCAGAAUUUUUACUGUUUCUACAACAUUUUAAAAGACAAGUCACGCCAACAGUUGAUCAAAAAUGCUUGUUACUACUCGACAAUCAUAUAUCGCAUAUAUCUAUCCAAGCUCUAAAUUUUUGUAAAGAAAAUGGAAUAGUAUUGCUGUCGUUUUCACCCCAUUGCACGCACAAACUUCAGUCUCUGGAUAGAGCAGUAUUUGGGCCAUUCAAAAAAAUGAUAAACACAGUUACAGACAACUGGAUGCGAAAUCAUCCUGGUCGAACGAUGACUAUCCAUUACAUUCCUGGGAUAGUCAAAGAAGCAUUUCCUCUUUCUGUAACAGAUAGAAAUGCAAUUGCCGGAUUUACCUGUACCGGCAUAAGUCCAUUUAAUAGGAAUAUCUUUACUGCUGCUGACUACGCGCCAUCAUCUGUGACUGACCGGCCAUUACAAUUUAACAGUCAAAUUCCACCAAAUGAUCUGUUGAACAGUUCUGAUGCAACAUCCUCCAUUCAAGUUAAUCCAGGUACUCCAGUUGGUGAUCUUCCAAUAUGA